AUGGAGAUGAUGAAAAAAGGCUUUACAUCUCCUUCUUAUUCCUCCAAUGCUUUAAUGGCUGUAGCCAUUAUUGUUGCUCUUUUGGUCCUCAUGAGCUCAAACAUGAAGACCUGCUCGGCUACCACCACCACCACCACCACCAAAUCCAGCAAUACCAACUUCAUCCGGUUAUGCUGUGCAUCCACUACAUACCCUAACCUAUGUUUCAGUUCUCUCUCUCCCUACGCAAGCUCCGUCGGAACAAACCGUACCAAACUGGGCAUAGUGGCACUGAAAGUAAGCUUGAGCGCUACUCGGAACUCAUCGGCUUUGCUCACCAAACUGUCACUGAAACAUGACUUGACAGCCAAUGAAACGGCUAACAUUAAAGACUGCGUUAGUGAAGUUGGAGAUGCGAAAGAUGAGCUGAAGAGGUCUCUGGCGCAAAUGAAGGAUCUGGGUGCCCCUGAUUUUGAGUUCACGAUAAGUAGUAUAGAGGCGUGGGUUAGUGCAGCACUGACGGACGACAACACCUGCUUGGAUGGAUUAGAUGGGUUUAACGGGAAGGUGGAGAAAUGGAUCAGGAAGAGUGUGACGCUUGCUGCAAGGUUGACUAGCAAUGCUCUCGCUAUCAUUGAAAGCAUCACAUCGAACUACUGA